AUGGAGAAUUCCAACGGAAAAAAAACUCUGGGGAGAAGGAAAAUCCCGAUGAGGAAAAUCGAGAAGAAAUCAAGCCUGCAAGUCGCCUUCACCAAGCGCCGCGGCGGCCUCUUCCGCAAAGCCACCGAACUCUCCAUCCUCUGCGGUGCGGAAGUCGCGAUUCUGGUGCAGUCCCCGGCGCAGAAGCUCUACGCUUUCGGCCACCCCUCCGUCGCCGCUCUGAUCGACCGCAUCGAUCCGAUCGAGGCGGCGAUGAAGAUGCUGGAGGCGGAGAAGAGAAGAUCGACGGAGAAGGAGAUCAAGGGCGGAGAUCAAGCUGCUUUUUCGUCCAAUCAGGUCAAGAUUAACGAUCAUAUCAUCCCUACCUAUACGCUGGAUCAGAUUUGGGGCAGAGACUAG